CCUCAACAGUGUGCAGGGAAUUCCUAUGGCAUCUACAUGCUGAUGGAAGAUGUGCCAUUGAUUCGCCAGUGGUGGUGCAUUCAGUUGAUGGAGAGGUUUUGCCUAGAAGGGCAUGGACAGAGAUUUGCUCAUUGGACAGAAGACGCAUCCCAGCUCCUUCAGGGAACCCUUGAGCCUAUUCUUAGAGUGUCAAAAUCCACCACCAGACAGUCAACCAGCAGAAGAGUUGUGGUUGAAGAGGACACUGAUAAAGUGCAACAGCCAACCAUUGUAAGAGACCUUCAUAAAGCUUGGUACUGGGGAAACGAUCACAGAGACUUAUUCCAUGGUGAGGUGACAGAGCCUACUUUUCCACAGAUGAACAGUGAAGAUCAACAAAAUGUGCUCAGGAAGGCCCAGGGGAGUGAAUUCCCUGAGGCAAAGGAUGCCUUUUUGUUUGUAUUUCAGUCUCAAUGUGACAUGGAAACAUUUUUGUCAUACUGUGUCGAUGAACAAGGCCUGAAGGUCAAUGCCAUGUUCCUCAGUCAGAAAUUGUAGUAAACGAAUGAGUGGGUGAGAGAGAAAGACUGAGGGAGGGAAGGAAUGAAUUAAUGAAGAAUGGAAGCAGUGAAUUCAUUGAGUAAAUAAAUGAAUAUUGUGUUUUGUUUUGUUUUUCAGAUGACAUUUGUUAAAGUA